GUGUGGUUGAGAGGAAGCCUUUAGCACUGAGUGUUUAAACCGCGUCACUAAAACAUUAACGUCUGAUCUUAAACACAUCGGAUAUCGUCUGAUCUCAGACCCGUUAUACUGAUCACUGUUGUAACAACGUUAAUAUCCGUGUUAUGGGCGCUAAAGGGACGUCGUGCAGAUGGAGCGUCAGAUUAAAGUGUGUUUAAUAUAAACACUGAGCUCAGGUUUGGUCUGAAUCUGCACCAUGCCUGGGAAGCUGAAGGCGAAGAUCGUGGCGGGUCGACACCUGCCUGUCAUGGACCGGGCCAGUGACCUCACUGACGCUUUCGUGGAGGUGAAGUUUGGAAACACGACUUUUAAAACCGACGUGUAUCCGAAGUCACUAAAUCCGCAGUGGAAUUCUGAGUGGUUUAAAUUUGAGGUGGAUGAUGAGGAUCUGCAGGAUGAACCGUUACAGAUUACAGUUCUGGAUCAUGACACCUACAGUGCUAACGAUGCCAUAGGGAAGGUGUACAUCGACAUUGACCCUCUGCUCUGCAGUGAAGCUGCCACCGUCAUCUCCGGCUGGUUUCCCAUCUACGACACCAUUCACGGUAUAAGAGGAGAGAUCAACGUGCUGGUUAAAGUCGACCUCUUUAACGACCUGAACCGUUUCAGACAGUCUUCCUGUGGAGUCAAGUUCUUCUGUACUACAUCCAUCCCACGAUGUUACCGUGCUGUGAUGGUCCACGGUUUUGUGGAGGAGCUGGUGGUCAACGAGGACCCGGAGUACCAGUGGAUCGACCGCAUCCGAACCCCGCGAGCGUCUAACGAGGCUCGUCAGCGUCUCAUCUCCCUCAUGUCAGGUGAGCUUCAGAGGAAAAUUGGACUGAAGGUCCUGGAGAUGGGAGGGAACACCGUGGUUGGUUAUCUGCAGUGUUUUGACCUGGAAGGAGAAUCUGGUCUGGUUGUGCGAGCCAUCGGUACGGCCUGCACACUCGAGAAGAUCAGCAGCAUACACGGUCCUGCAGGAGCCACAAACCCAUCUAACUCGUCUCCAUCAAAGGAUAUAAAAGACUCUCCGCAGGCUGCUCCUUCUGCUCUUGGAUGUCGCUCCACUCACAGCAGUCCAGUUCACGGUGCGAGCAGCCGUCUCUCUCAGGGCUUCUCCGUUUCCGUGCCGACGCUGCUCUUCGCCGGUAUGAAACACAGACACAGGAGCUCAGAGGGUCCCACAGCCAGGCAGUGUAGGGCGGGUUUUGGGGAGGAGGCCCCUGGUGUCCCGUUGUGCUCAGGACCCCCCACCCCACUGAGAGCCCAAACCUUCUCUUCCUUCUCCCCUUCCAAGUCCUACAGUCGCCAGUCCUCCUCCUCUGACACUGAGCUGAGCCUCACCCCCAAAACCGCGAGGAUUUGUCUGUCUCCCAGUUCUCCUAUCCUUCAGUGUAAAUCUUCACCCUUUCCCACAACCAAAGCCCUAAGGAGUACAACUCCUCCCCCUCUCCAUGUGAGCCAAUCAGACACAGCCAUGCUGAGAAAGAGCGUGUCAUUCAGUGAGGACCUGCUACUGGCAGCCUCCGGAAUGGGCAGUGGGGGCAGCGCCGGGAAGGAGGUGGCACCUCUUAAAGCACUUCUGAGACAACAGACGCAGUCGGCUUUGGAACAGAGGGAGUUCCCCUUCUUUACACUGACCAGUUUUCCUGCUGGCUUUCUGCUGCAUGUGGGAGGAGUGGUGAGCGCACGGUCGGUCAAGCUUCUGGAUCGAAUCCACAACCCUGACGAGCCUGAGACACGAGACGCUUGGUGGGAGGAGAUCCGACAGGAGAUAAAGUCUCACGCUAAAGCUCUGGGCUGCCAUGCAGUGGUGGGAUACAGUGAAUCCACCAGUAUCUGCGAGGAGGUGUGUAUUCUGUCAGCUUCGGGCACCGCAGCGAUCCUUAGCUCUCGCUUCAUGCAGGACGGCCCACUGGACACAGAGCACAGGUUGUCACGGCAACAUGGCACAGAGAGGGGCGAGGGUGAGAUGGGUAGUUCAGUCUCGUUAGGGUUUGAUGACGUCGUCCCUCCUGCCUGUGGGUUUUGUCACAUCCCAUAUGAUGAGUUUAACAUGCCGUUUCCAGCUCAGCUCACAUUCUGUCACUGUUGCCACCGCCAUAAAGUCCCUGAUGUUCUCUUCACCACGAUAGACGUGCCGUCUGAAGCUCAUGUCACUGGCAAAGGCUGCCUUAUACAGGCCAGGUUGUGUCGCACUAAGAAGAAGGCUCAGGGCGAAGGCAACGCCACAGCCAUCAGUAACCUGCUGCCGUUCCUGGAGUACGAGCUUCACACCCAGCUGAUGAACAAGCUGAAGCUGCGCAGCAUGAACGCUCUGUUCGGUUUGCGCAUCCAGAUCAGUGUGGGAGAGAACAUGCUGCUCGGCCUGGCUUCAGCGACAGGUGUGUAUCUAACAGCACUUCCAAGUCCAGGAGGAAUCCAGAUCGCAGGAAAGACCCCCAGUGACCUGACAUACGAACAACAUCUCUCAAACAUGCAAAAAAAAAUUAAUGACACUAUCGGCAAAAACAAAGAGCUGUAUGAGAUUAAUCCCCCGGAGUUUGUGGAGGAGCUGAUCGGCUCACCAAUCCCUGAGCCCCGGCAGCGGUCUCGCCUCUUUCGCUCCCAGUCAGAGAGCUCAGAUGAAGUUUUGGAGUUGGAUCUGUCUCAUGGGAAGAAGGACGCUUUUGUUCUAGAGAUCGACGAUACAGACGCUUUUGAAGACAUUCAUUCCCUCCUCACCGACGCCCCGACACCUCCAGGUUUCUACAGCUGCAACACUGAAAUAAUGCCUGGGAUUUAUAACUGGACUUCAGAACUACAGAUGUUUACCUCAGUGAGAGUAUUCCGACUCAGCAAUGUAAAUCUGACCAAUCAGGGCCUGAAUAAGAUCUUCAAUGAUCUGUGUGAGAACCUGCUCAAGAGUUUGUAUUUCAAAUUGCGCUCCAUGGUGCCCUGCUGUCUCUGCCACUUAAACUUCACUGUUGCUGUUCCCGAGGACGAACUCAUACAGGUGGCAGUGACAGCAGUGGCCAUGAGCUUCGAUAAAGAUCAGACGCAGGAGAAUGGCAGACAAAGUGGAGAGAAAACACUUAUCAAAGUUACAGAAAACGAAGAUCAGCUUCAGUUCCCUUUAGAGCUCCCUGCUGAAUCCUCCUCCUCCUCCUCUUCCUCCAACCCUCUGAACUCGGCCAAAGGUUUGGCCGAGAUUUCAGGAGGUCCUCCGAGUGCUCGUGGCCCCUCAGUUGAUUACAGUUCCUUUACAGACAGAUGCAGUUCCUGGAUAGAGCAGCUUAGACUGAAAGCUCACACCAUAAGACGAGGAUCAAUUAAAACAAUUUCCUCUCUGGAGAAGUCCAGUCCGUUGCCUGAAGGUCGUUCUCGCUCACUGAGGUCGAGCCGUUCUUACCCCGGAGGUUCUGUCACUGUGGUUAAAAUGACGCCGCUCUCUUUUAUUCCUGGAACAAAAAUAAUAAAAUACCUCGGCAUAAUCAACAUGUUCUUCAUCAGGGAGACCACCUCACUUCGAGAGGAGGGUGGUGUGAGCGGGUUCCUGCACUCCUUUAUAGCUGAGGUGUUUGCUAUGGUGCGCGCACAUGUUGCUGCUCUGGGUGGAAACGCCGUCGUCUCGUACAGCAUGAAGGAAUGUGUGUUUAUGGAGAAUCCAAACAAGAAUCAGGCUCAGUGCCUUAUCAACGUGAGCGGAGAUGCUGUGAUUUUCAUCCGAGAGUCUGAACUUGAGGCCACGCCUCCACUGACACAAACAUCCUGUGUUGGAGAAGGGACGUGAACACACACACACACAUAAAUAUACACACACUGUUUUAUUUAUUUUAUAAGCGAGUUCCAAAGAAAUUUGUGAGCCAAACACGUGAUGAGUUUUAGAGCCAAAUCUCCUUAUUGAGGUAAAAAUCUUCCAUCUGUCUGUUGGUCAUUUUGUUCACAUUCCAAUUGCCCUGAGGAAGCGAAGGCAGCUGAGCGCUUAAAGCUAAACUGAUAUGAUGUCUGUAGAGAAAGUGUGUGUGUGUUUGUGUGAAAAAUGUCUAACAGUGUUCACACUGUGCAACAAGUUUUACUUCUCACCUGCUUUCUGUUUCUGCAUCAUUAUUAAAAGGGCAGUUUGUAAGAUUUAUUUCAGGGCCAGAAAUAUGUAUUCAAAAUCCUGACGUAAUGAAAUGCUAAAGUUUUGUGACUUCUGAAAUAUUUUUGGUGCAUUGUUCAAAUGAUCGUUCUUGUGCAUGUAGAUACACUCCCAUUAGAACCUUUUAUAUGGGAAAAUUCUGUUUCAGGAAGGGCGGGGCUUAUUUCAGGGCCAGAAAAAUAUGUUUAAUAUAUAAACGAAAGAUUGAAAUGAAAACAAUAAAAUGAAUAAUAAUAUUGAUCUGACUCUUUUUAAAAAUAAUUCAAAGUCUUAUAAUUGCACAUUAACGAACAUUUUGUAAAAAAUGGGGUAAUAGAAACAGCUGUGGGUGGAGCUUAUUUCAGGGCCAGAAAAAUGUUCAAUUCAUACAAAAGCCUACAAGAAAAUGAUGAAUUGUUUCAUCAAGAUAUUUGAAUAUUGCAGAUUAUGUCUUUAAAAAUAUUUAUUGUUGCACUUACAGAAACACACAAACACCUUAACGCCUUCUGGGGGUUUUGUUCACAAAAAUGUUCACAAAAAAGACUGAAACAAAAACAAUUAAAUUUCAACUAAUAUUGCAACUCCUUUAUCUGUUUAUGGGAAACUAAAAUUAUCUAAUUAUUAUUAUUAUUAUUAUUAUUAUUAUUAUUAUUAUUACACUUGUUGCAACAUUUUAUGAAACCACAUGGAAAAUUCUCAACUUGGGGGAGGAGAAUAUUUCAGGGCUGGAAACUUUUCGAACAUAUGCAACAGCCUGAAUUGAAUAGAAUCGGAUGAAUUGCACUGUGAGAACGCAACACACCUUUUAAACCUUACAAACUGCACCUUUAACGUCUCCUGUACGAAUCACAUGCUACUGAUCUGAUCAGAUUCUGAGGUUUUUUAAUGCUGGAAUUUCAGAUUUCUUUUGAAUUAUUUAAUGACUGUCUGUAGUUGUUUUUCCUGCAUGUGCAAUGCCAGCAUGUCCUUUGCAAAGCCAAACGCAGAUGCCAAGAGAAGACUUGAAUGUACAGAACAGGAGGAAAGAAAAGAGCGCUGAUUUAAUCAGAUGGACAGCGUGACGAAUCCUCCGCUGAUUCUUUUUUUUAUUUUACUAAAGAUUUCUACAGUGCAUGUGUGUAUGAGGACAAAUCAAAUGUUGCACGAUAAUUAAAUGAUCCAUGUUUUAA